AUGUCUGUAUUUUGGCCACAGAAUCGUCGUGCCAACCUCACUUCAAGAGGCAGUUUUGAAACAACUGCAUCAAGGACAUCCAGGAAUGACAAGAAUGAAGGUGCUCGCCAGAGGAUAGUGUACUGGACGAACAUCAACAGGGACAUCGAAGAAGCUGUACGCCACUGCCGCAACUGUCAAGAAGCUGCGAAGAUGCCAAAGAAGACAGCUGUCAUUUCUUGGACCACUGAGAAGAAACCGUGGGACAGAAUUCAUAUCGACUAUGACCACUGA